UGGUCGUAAAGGAUGUAGUGCUGAUUGCAGAGCACGUAGUGCUGGGCCCUAUAAAAUCCAGGCCUCCCUGCUCUACGCUGCGUGUUCCUCUCUUCAUCAGUCAUCUCUCACUGGACCUGCCCAUCACCUCCCAGACUCCAUUACCAGAUCCUACACAUCAUGACCAUCAACAUGGCCGAGAACAAGCCUCUCAACUACAUCGUGCGAGGGCUCCAGCUAGUCUUUGCCCUCAUCAUCAUAGGAACAGACGGCUACGCUAUUCACGUAUAUCAUGGCCACAAUGACUACGUCGACUCACCCGUCUUCGGCGGCGAAGCCACCCUUUACGCCGGCGUCCCUGCUGCAUGGGGCUUCCUGCUAUUCUGUGCCGGCUGGACAGUCCUGACUGUUAUCUUCCACUCUGUCAAGCCCAGCUUCGCUAGCCGCCCGAUGAUCAGCUAUAUCGGUAUUGCUACAGAGACCGUAGCUGUCCUAUCAUGGCUCGCCGGUUUCAUUGCCGUGGCUAUCAACGUUUUGACAACCGAUGCCUGCUCGUCGGGACAGAAUUCGUGCGCGGAGCUCAAGGCGGCAACGGCCUUUGGUGCGUUCGAAUGGCUGCUGUUUAUAGCUACUGCAUCUAUGACUGUUACGGCCUUCUUCAAGAACCGGAAACGGGUCAGCCCUUCACGGAUCUCAGAACCAGCAGAUGAGCCACGGAGUGAGUUAGGGGGAGAGAAGGAGUGA